GCUGGAGCUCUCCGACCUCUCGCUAUGGGGGAGGGAAGAGGCGAAAACUUCGACGGUGUGAGCACCGACCGCCUUAAACUGGAGUUGCUGGAAGAAAUCUACCAGAAGGAUGUAGUGCAACUCUCAGUGUUUGAAUUAAGACACAAGAUAGCAGAAAUGGAAGCCAAACCCAAUACUGACAAUGAAGGCAGUGAAUGGAAAACCCGUUAUGAGACACAACUAGAAAUGAAUGAUCAACUAGAAAAGCAAAUUGCAUCUCUUAAAGAGAAAAUGGAAAAAUUCCGUGGGAAUCCUUCAGACAGUCUAUCUUCUAUUCGUGUCUAUGAACGAAUGCCUGUGGAAUCCUUAAAUAUAUUACUUAAACAACUAGAAAAAGAAAAAAGAAGUCUUGAAAAUCAAGUGAAAGACUAUGCACUUAAACUGGAACAAGAAUCAAAGGCUUACCACAAGAUCAACAAUGAACGCUGUAAAUACAUAUCUGAAAUGUCUCAGGUCUCUGGCACACAUCAAGUUUCUAAAAGGCAACAGAUGGAUCAACUGCCUAGAAUGAAAGAGAAUCUAGUGAAAACGACACUAUUAAGGGAAAGGAUCCAUCCACUUAAAGCAAAAAUAGACCUCUUGUUGAUUGGAGAUGACACUGUUUAUCACCUGGCUGAUGCUCUACAGAAGCUUUUUGCAAAUACAGCAGAAGUCACCAUCACCAUUAGUGAUGUGCAGAAGGCAGCCACACUUUUAGACCAUUGCACAUUCGACAUGGUAUUCCUGAAGACAACUUCCUUCCUAAGUGUGGAGGAGCUAGAAGCCGUCAGGUCAAUUAGAUUUGGCAAGAAGAAAAAUACACAUUGGUUGUUUGUUUUUAUAAUCCCUGAAAAUUUUAAAGAUUGUAUUUCAGGGUAUGGAGCUGAUAUUACUUUAACAGAACCACUGACAAUGGAAAAAAUGAGUCUUGUGGUAAAAUAUUGGAAAACAUAUUUCUCAGAUACAGAUAAGAAUGAAAAUGCUAUAAGGGCUGAAGAACAUGAAUUACCCCUACAGAGUACCUGCGGUGAACACCUGGGAUAUUUUUCCACUGAUCUAUUCACUUGCGCUGAAUCUGUAAGAAAUGAUAUUGGACUUGAAUUAAAGACUCCAUUGCCAGAUUUUGAGAAAAGCAAAAAGAUUUCCUUUCUUCAUUCAAGCAAAGAAAAGCUGAGAAGAGAACGAAUCAAAUAUUGCUGUGAGCAGCUGCGUACUCUCUUGCCGUAUAUAAAGGGGAGAAAGAAUGACGCGGCUUCAAUUCUUGAGGCAACAGUUGAUUAUGUGAAAUAUAUCCGGGACAAAAUCCCUCCAGCCAUUAUGGGCCAGAUUACAGAAGCCCUUCAGAACAAUCGGAGGUUUUGCAAGAAACAAAUGCCUAUCCAGCUAUCCCUCCCAGGCACUGUCUUGGCACAAAGGGAAAACAGUGUGUUGACAAGCACUUACUCCCCUGUGAGAGGGAUCCAGUUCCUGGCUAACAAGUGCUUGAAUAUGUAUUCCAUUGCUACUGCAGGGGACUCCUUGGAUCAAGUUGUGAGAGGUCAAUCAGGCUCCACUUCAGAGAGUGCUGCUAUUGGUGAUCUGUAUAAAACUAGAAUUCCCAGUGCAGCCCUCUCUCUUAAUUCCUUCCAUGCUGUCAGAUAUUAUUCUAAAGUCAUCCCUUCCUAUGAUGCAACUGCUGUAACAAAUCAGAGCAUUUCAAUUCAUUUACCGUCAGCUAUGCCAAAAAUCUCAAAGUUUCUUCCCCAGCACUGCAACUCCAUGCUGGGCCAGACAAGUACAACACACCCCAACUGUCUGCAACAGUUUUGGGCAUAUUUAGAGUACAUGUUUGAAAUUCACACUGUAUACCACCUGCUGGGCACAGUUUGA